AUGCUUCGUCGAGGUCGGCUGCAGACGGCUCCGAACGCUCAUCAACGACUUGCUGCUCAAGCACUCAGCCAGAAGCGAGAUCCAGCUGCCGGAGCAGUCCCAGAAGCCAGAGAUCCAGCUCUCGGACACGCUGCGCAUAGCCCUGAUCAGGAUCCCGACGCCGCGACGGCUCGAUUCGGAGAUUUUGCGGGGAAUCGCCCUGACGCUGCGAAAAUUGGUGCAGCUUGGCGUGUCGCCGGUUCUGGUGCUCGACGGAAAGCACCAGAUAACUGCCAGCGACUCUGGGCUGCUGACCGUCAAAGACUUUGUGCACCAGUGCGACACGCUGAUCCAGGCCCUCCAGACGGAGAAUCUGCAGGCACGGACGGUCAGGGGCCUUUUCGAGCAGGAAAGCUUCUCGCUGCCCGAACUGCUGGUGGUGCCGCUGCUGCACGGUAUUGUCCCAAUCAUAUUUCCGACAACGGUCGAGAAAGACAGCACGGAGGUCCUGAUGACGCCCUUCGAGACACUGAAGUGUCUGGUGUCGAACCUGGCCGGCUUCAACGAGGCGUAUCGUCGCAGCAACGCAAACGAUCUGCUCACCGUCGAGAAAAUCAUCUACUUCGAGGAACUCGGCGGGAUCCCGUCGCUGGAACGGUUCCAGUCGAGUCACGUGUACAUAAACUUGCUCCAGGAGUACGACGACAUCAUCUCGGAGCUUCACAUCGGCCACUUGGACUCCUCCGUCAGGGACGUGCAUGCACAGAAUCUCACGGAAAUGAACCAGCUGCUGGCGAUCCAGCCGGCCGCCACGGGGCUCAUCACGACGCCGGCCAUUGCCACGCUGCGCCACGGCACGCGCACAACCAACCCGAUCAUCUACAACGUCCUAACUGA